AUUGUUACAUGUUUGGAUGAAGCAAUGAAGAAUUCCAUAAGGCGUAUAGUACACAGCUUUUUCUUUAAAAAUGAGAUCCCCACUUUGGACAAAAUAUUAACCGAAAUAAAAAGUCGUCAGGAUUUGCCACAGAUGUCCCGUUCAUCAUUAUACAAAUUUAUGAAACAAAUUAAUUUCAAAUACUUAAAACGAAGUCGUAAAAGUGUGUUGAUAGAACGUGAUGAUAUAGUGAGAUGGAGACUUGACUACUUGAUAUCAAUUAAAAAGUUUAGAUCUGAAGGUAGACCUAUUUAUUAUUUAGAUGAAACAUGGUUAAAUGAAGGUCAUACAAAAGAAAGGGUAUGGGUUGAUACUAAUAUUAAAAGCAAACGUGAGGCGUUCAAUGAAGGGCUGUCUACGGGAUUAAAAAAUCCGUCCGGUAAAGGAAAGCGUCUUAUUAUCUUACACGCUGGCUCAGAGGAAGGAUUCGUUGAAGACUCGUUAUUGGUUUUCGAAGGCAAAAAGAGUGGGGAUUAUCACGAGGAAAUGAAUGCAAAUGUAUUUGAAAAGUGGUUUUCUGAAUUUUUGAAAAAAAUACCAGAUAAUUCUGUUAUUGUAAUGGACAAUGCAUCAUACCAUAGUCGAAAAGUAGAAGCUAUUCCGACAACAUCAACAAGAAAAAUUGAUAUGAAGGCAUGGCUGCAAUAAAAAAAUAUCGAAUUUGAAGAAGGUGAAGAAUGA